AUGGCGGCGACGGUGGGGAGAGGAAGCCUCGGCCGCCGGAGUCCCUCCUGCUUGGCGCAGCGGCCCCCCUCGCGCUCUUCGGUGGCACCAGGCAGCCCACGAGCGGCAGGGGCAGGGCCGCCUCUCCUCCCCCGCUUCUUGCCAAGGAGGCGCCGCCGGAGCGAGGAAGCAGGAAGGGAAGGCGCGCGCUCCCGGGUCCCAUCGGCCGCCGCCGCCGCGCCGCCACCACCACCUACAGGCUGGAGGGAUCAACAAGGGCCCAGAAGCGUGAUCUUGCUCUGCGGUUGCGCCAUCCUUGGCCUUUCGCAAGAGAGAGAGAGAGAGGCCGGUGAUCUCGGAGAAAUGUCGGACCUUUCUCUUUCAGCUGAGUUCUCCAGUAUAAGCCAAGACCUAACUGAGCUGCCACAUGCCUCUGACUCCUCAUUGCCUAGGGAGGAUGAUGCCAGCUCCUUGGGCUCUGACUCUGAGUUGAAUGGGAUGACUCCCUAUCGCAAGAUUGAUCGCUAUGGUUUUAUUGGGGGCAGUGACCUUGACAACAGUUUAGGUCAACCUCCAGCUGAGCUCAUCCGGCACCGGGAGGCCAAGUGGCUGGAAAUGACAGCUCAUUGGGAGAAAACUAUGGCUCGACACUACAGAAAGGUAAAAUUACUCUGCCGGAAGGGGAUCCCUUCAUCUGUACGGGCCCGCUGUUGGCCUCUACUGUGUGGGGCACAGGCAAAAACAAAGAAGAAUCACCAAAAGUAUCAGGAACUGCAGGAGGCACCUGGUGAUCCUCAAUGGAUAGAGACCAUUACAAGGGACAUUCAUCGCCAAUUCCCUUUCCAUGAGAUGUUCUCGUCACCUGAAAGUCAUGGGCAGCAGGGGCUACUGCAGCUGCUGAAGGCCUACACUGUGUAUCGGCCCCAGGAGGGCUACUGUCAGGCCCAGGGACCACUGGGUGCCCUGCUCCUCAUGCACAUGCCUCCAGAGCCAGCCUUCUGGUGCCUGGUGCAGAUCUGCGAGCAUUACUUGCCUGGCUACUACAGCCCCAAGAUGGAGGCACUACUGCUGGACAGUGAGGUGUUUGUUGCCCUCCUGCGCCGUGUAUGCCCCCGGGCAUUUAAGCACUUGCAAAAGCAUGGUGUCGGGCCUUUUCUUUACAUGACGGAGUGGUUUCUAUGCCUCUUCACUCGCACUCUUCCCUUCCCCACGGUGCUGAGGGUCUGGGAUGCCUUUCUGAGCGAAGGAGUCAAAGUACUCUUCCGUGUAGGGCUGUUGUUGGUCCGCUUGGCUCUGGGGACCUCUGAGAAACGACGUGACUGUGCUGGACUAGUGGAGACCCUGGAGAAGCUCCGCAGUAUCCCAGCUCAUCUCUUGCAAGAAGACACAUUCAUGGCAGAGGUCCAUGCUGUGCCCGUUUCUGCCCAUGACCUGGAGCGUGAAUGUCAAGUUCAGCUGGCCAAGCUGCGUGCCACUAGGCCUGAAUUCCAGUACACCCCAGAAAAUCGGCUAGCUGGUGCAAAGGCCAUCUUUGAUGCUCAGCAGCUGGAGGAUGCACAGAUGGGCAAAGAGGCUCAUGGAAGCCAAACCCAUGCCUUCCUCAUCCCCCAGAUCAAGGUAGAGCCACCCCCUUCACCUCCAAAGGGGCAGAGGGAGCCAGAGAAGGCCUCUGAAGUGCAAGGUCGGAAGAAACUGCAGGUCAGGAAGAAACCAGACACUCGGGGAAAGACCUUCCAUUUUACCCAGAAGCCUACAAGAGAGGAAAGGCCAGAGGCAAGCACAGGGAAGAGAAAGUCUUCCUUUUACCUGGAUUCAUGGUUCUAAAAUUUCUGGAGCGCUGAGCCUGGCCUCUGUUAAAAAAAAAUCCCGUU